GCCUUUUCGACAUCUCCCAGAACAGAUCCGCAGCUGGUAGACAACAGCUAGAGAAACUCGCAAAGAUUUCCUGACUGUGCUUCCGACUGUGCCGUUCCCCGCAAUGGCAGUAGACAUCCGCACCUCGUGUUGUCUGCUCCUGCUUCUCGUCGCCUCGAGCCAGGCAGCCUGGUGUCGCAACGAGUAUUGGACUGGGAUUUUCAACAAACAAGGUUUAGCUAAAUGCGAGGACACAAAGCACGCCUACAUGCAAGGCAUCCACCGGCUGGCCAAGGGUUCCCCUGACGGCAUCUCCUUGAUCGACCAAGUCGGCUGCUGCUACGGCACUAUCCCCUACACGUACGACUUCUCCCAGGUCUACUACGCCGACUGGACCAAGAGUUUCGAUGCCAACAACCGAUGGAACUCCUGUCCUCGUGGCUACUUCGUGCAAGGUCUCUACAGAGACAAGGGCACAAACACGCUGCAGGACAUCGCAGAAGGCCGAUGCAUCAAGCCAGCCUCUCACCCUUACAGAUAUGGCGAGUGCUACGACCUGAGCAUUAGCCCCUUUUUCGAAACCGAGGGCUGGCACAGAUGUAACGAUCACUUCUUCAUCACCGGCAUUUAUCGCGGAGGCUGCAACGAGCUGUAUUGUCUCAAAACUCUCAAGUGUUGCAAGAUGGCGCCUCAGCCCCAGGUCGUCAACUCUCUGUCGGCUGCCAAGGUUAUGGUGAUGGACAACACCAUGUCCGAUUUGGCCAAACUGGCAGACAUGUUGGGCUACGGCUGGUGUGCCGGAUGUCGCGCGGCGUUCGUCGGAGAGGACUUCCGGAGAGACGGAGACAAGUGGGUGGCCGACAAGAGAGAGCCCUGCGACGGGUACAAGGCAGAUCACCGGCUGUCCAUGGAGUACGGGGACUGGAAGUUUGCCAUCAAGGAGAUGGUCUUUGGCGACCCAAUCAUCCAGGACCUGCAGCCCGAGGCUAUCGACACCGGCAUCUUGACGAACGACUCCCCGAACACAGUGACCCACGAGCUGGAGCGAGGUACCGAGGUGACUCGCACCGUGACCCACACAGCUAGCUCCGAGUGGAAACACUCGGAAGAACUUGGACUCACCGUAGGCUACGCCCCUCCUGACGCAACUGGCGGUUUUAGUGUGGAGUCUAGCUUCACCUUCAACUACGAGAAGUCGUCAAAGACGGAAGAUGCCAACGGCAAAGAACAGAAGAAGAGCUUUUCUGUCAAGCAGAGCACCAAGGUUCCAGCCAACUCGGCCGUCAAGUGGACCAUGAUCCUGUCCAAGACACGCCGCACCGUGCCGUACACCGCUAAGGUCGUGGUUCAAUUCUCCGCAGAGCUCCAAGGCUUCCUGCGAUGGGGAGGAGGCGUCAACGGCGACACCACCAACUUCCACAACUCGUACAAAGGCAGCGGAGCAAGGCCCACCUUCAACUACAAGUUCGGCUCCCCCAAGACGCCUUUCUACGAAGCUCUGAAAGAACAGAGUGACACCAUGCAGUACCCGUGGCUGUGGGCGGACAUGGAGGCGAGGUACUCCAACGCCCGGGAGCUCAUCGAGAGCCUGUCAGACGAGGGGCGCUACGAGUUCUUCCUCAACGGAAAGUUUGACGACAUCAGCGGAAAAGACGUGCAGAUCAAAUGGAACGACGCAGGCAGCGCCCGCAGACGCAAGAGAUCGGCCGAUAAAGGAAUCACCCAGGUGGUGGCCACAGAGGGCGCUAACGACCCACCGGAAGUGUUCCCACCCCCACCCGUGGUGAAGAAAGACCCCGUGGUCAGAGUGGACACUCUGAACGAGAUGCCCAUCCAGGGAGACUGAUCUCAAAGUCUUCCUACGGACUCACCGUUUUUAGGGCAACCUAGAAGGGUCACCUAUUCUUCUUGAAGACUUAUAGGCCUACUUAUAGGUUUUUCGUUUCAUUUAAUAAACAGAUAAUAUACCUUUUUUUUCAAAUUAAAGAAUGCAGAUUCCUUAAAAGACGAAAAAGGUGUCAUUUUGGAAACAUGAAAACUUGACUUAAAAACACUUCAUCAGUUUCAGUUUGGUAGAAGAGCCCGACCCACUGCAGGGCAAACAAAGGACCUGACACAGUCCACGUAGAGAAACAUUCCGAGAAAAGUCGAACAGGGUACAAUUUUGAGGUGUCUAUGUAAAAGAGUUGUGCCCAUUAUAUUAUGUAGGGCCACUUCAACUACAAUAAAAGAUUGGUGAAUGGAAA